AUGUCGGCAGGUUCCUUGACCAAUUCCAAGCACAUUUCCAAGGGCCCCCUGGAUCCGGCCGAAGCCCGGUGGACUCGAUUGGUGAAGACCACUUACACCGAUCCUCUGGGCGUCGAACGCACCUGGGAAUCUGCAGAGCGUACGACCCGACCGGCUGACUGCGCAAUCGACGGUGUUGGCAUCUGUACUAUCCUCAACAAGUCCACGGGGCCUGAACUGUUGCUACAGAAGCAAUAUCGGCCCCCGAUCGAUCAGGUCGUCAUUGAAGUCCCUGCGGGCCUCAUUGAUGCUGGUGAGACUGUGGAGCAAUGUGCUGUACGUGAGCUCAAAGAGGAAACUGGCUACGUUGGCGUGGCGGAGCAGACCAGUCCGGUCAUGUUUAAUGACCCGGGUAUGUGCAAUACCAACUUGAACAUGGUCCAUGUUCGUGUGGACAUGUCACUUCCCGAGAACCAGAAUCCCAAGCCGGAGCUCGAAGAGAAUGAAUUCAUUGAAUGCUUCUCUGUCCCUCUAGCUUCUCUAUUUGAUGAGAUGAAGAAGCUUGAGAAAGAGGGAUAUGCUAUUGAUGCUCGGGUUGGCACACUCGCUGAGGGCAUCGAACUGGCGAAAAAGUGGAAGUUGUGA